ACAGUUUCUGUGGGAAUUGGUGCAGCAAGAUUGCUUAAUAUUUUGCCGAGUAAAAAGUAAGGUUAAAGUAUAAACCCGGCGGGAAGUUUAUUUACCAAAAUUCCAAUGCAAUGGAAAGCAUCGAGGAAAGUGAGGGAUUCUACUUUGAAUCUGACCAAAUAGCUCUGAAAAAUAACCAGGAUUAUCAAGCUCUCAUGAAAACAAUAGCAAUUUUGCAAGUACAACGAACACAAGCAUUGAAAAAUAUUGAUAAGAUUGCAAAUAUUCAAGCGGAAGUACUGGAAAAUCCCAAUGAAUUUAUAGAUAAAUUGGCUAGAGGGGAAGAUUUGGGAUUUCCCCCAAGAAUAGAAAUACCUGGAAUACCUCAGAUUGACUUCACAAAAUACGGUGUUCAGCCGUCUAUCAAUAAUUCUUCUGAAAUUCGAAGAAAUUCAGAAAAUGUGGAAAAUGAAGAUGAUUCCGGACUCAAUGCCUUGAAAUCCAAUUCUACACGCCAUUGGACUGUGGAGGAACAGAAGAGAUUGGAAGAACUGCUAAUAGAGUAUCCUCCGGAACCCGUAGAGAAGAGAAGAUUUGAGAAAAUUGCUCGAGCCCUCGGGAAUCGAACAUACCUUCAAGUUGCAAGUCGAUGCCAGAAGUACUUCAAGAAACUCCAAAUGGCAGGCCUUCCAAUUCCUGGGCGUCAUCCAAAGGGUAAUCUGAUGUCGAGACAACAACAUAAACUACGGUGUUUCAGCGGAAAAAAGUCCACAUUCUUCCCAGAUCUCGAUGUUCCUGUGAGAAUGAGUGAGGAAGAAGAUGAAUUUUGGCUCCAUCAGCCAUCUACAUCUAAAUCACCCCAGGACGAUGACUCAUCCUCACGUGGAGACGAUAAAUACAUAGUAGUGGAUGACACAGACGAUGAGGAAGAUACUGAGAAUCCCAAGGAAGCAAUUUUGAAGUUAGCUAAGAAAAUACGUGCUGAGAAGGAAAGAGAAUUGGAGUAUCGCCCAAAGAGUCUUCACAUUGGAUAUAGAUGCGAUAUUUGUAGCAUGGAGCCUAUCAAUGGAACACGAUGGCAUUGCAAAGUCUGCGAGAAAUCUGUUGAUUACUGCACAGAUUGUCUUUUUGUCCAACUCAUUCAAUCGGAUCUUCAGCAUCCUCGCUCCCACAAGUUUAUUGCACUUCGCGUGAAUUAUAAUAUCAAUAAUUCCGAGAAUUGAAACAUGGUAUGGCUAAAAAGGUCUCUUUAUCAAAAAACUAAGAGGAGGGGAUACUUCAAAUACUGUCGCAUAUUUUUAAUUGUCUCAUUUACAGUCAUAAAUUUAGAAUGAUAAAAACGUUACAAUCGAAA